AUGUAUGCUAGCCCUAGAGAAGAGGAGCGUCAUGAGAUGUGGAAUGAUGUUUAUCAGUUCAGUCAGAAUAUGAGUACUCCUUGGGUUGUUGCUGGUGACUUUAAUGGUAUCAAAGAUGCUAGUGAGAAAAAGGGUGGAUCUCAAGUUGAUAGAGCUAAGUGUGGCAGAUUUUUUGAGUUCUUAGAUAGUUGUCUGGUUGAUGAGCUUCGUUGCUUUGGUCCUAAGUUCACAUGGCAAGGUCCAAAAUGGAAUCACCUGGAUAGAGUUUAUAAAAAACUUGAUAGAGUUUGCGUCAAUCUUGCUUGGAGAACAGCUUUUCAAAAUUCUGAGCUUAUGGUUGGGAAUUGGGACCGUAGAUCAGAGAUAAAGUCAAUGAUGUGCCGAUUUGUUCCUAAGCUUCAACAUUGGAAUAAUCAUGUCUAUGGCUAUAUACAUCAGAGGAAAAAGUUCAUAAUGCAGCAGAUUGAGAAGGUCCAAUUUCAAAGGAUUAGCUCAGACUGUAUGAGAUUACAAGAUACUGAGAAGUAUUUGCAGAAGGAGUUUAAUCAGGUUUUGGAUGAAGAGGAGAUGCUUUGGUAUCAAAAGUCAAGACAUAAUUGGAUUGUGGAUGCUGAUAAAAAUGCUAGAUACUAUCACUUGAGAAUUAUAGUGAGAAGGAGCUCCAAUAAAAUUUCAAGGCUUAAAAAGGAUACUAACCAGUGGAUUGAGGAGCCUAAGGAGCUUAAAGACCAUGUCUGUAAUUUUUACAGGAACUUGUUUACUGAGGAAUCCACUUCUCGUAGGUGGUUAUCUUCUCCUAGCUUCUGGGCGCCUGUUGCAUCUGAAUCUCGUGAGAGACAAUGGAAGUUUGUGAAUUGUCAAAUUGUUGAAACAGUUAGGAAAAUUUGGUCCAAUCCUUCUUUGGUUGCAGAGAUCAAUUCUACUCUUUUGAGAUUGAAGCCGUUGAUGGAAAACUUAGUCUCUCCAUUUCAGGUGAGUUUUGUUCCUAAUAGACAAAUUCAGGAUAACAUAAUUAUUGUUCAGGAAUUGGUUCAUUCAAUGCAUAAGAUGAAGGGUAAGAAAGCUUUUAUGGCCAUUAAAAUUGAUUUGAUCAAGGCUUAUGAUAAGCUUUCAGGCAAGACUAGUGAUUUUAUUCCUUCUAGGGGUAUUAGACAGGGUGAUCCCCUUUCUCCCUAUUUGUUUGUUCUUGCUAUGGAGAAAUUAACUCAUAUCUUCUUGACUGCUUUGAAUGGUGGAAUGUGGAAGCCUAUCUGCCUAGUGUUGAUCAAUUUGAGGUCCUUAACAAAUGCCUCUCUUUUUGAAGAAGCUUCGGGUCUUAGUCUUAGUGUGGAGAAGACCAGUAUCUAUUUUUCCAAAAAUGCAGAUGUUGAGGUUAUUGCUAAUAUUACUCAGAGAAGUGGUUUUAAGCAUGUUAAAAAUAUUGGCCGCUAUCUUGGGUCAAUGAUGAGACAUGGCAGGGCUUCUAAGAAUAUCUAUGAGGGGAUUGUAGAAAAAGUCAAAAGUAAGCUAAAUGUUUGGAAUCAGCAAACUUUAUCCCAAGCUGGUCACAUUACAUUGACAAAUUCUGUUUUGGCUGCCAUGCCUUAA